CCGGGCCGGUCCGGUCCGGGCCGGUCCAGCCUCAUAGGCUUCAUGUGAUCCUGCAGGGAGGUGUUUGGCUAAAAGACUUUCUCAACAUCCAGGCUGCAGCAUUUCAGAGCUAAGCCGUCUCUCUCACGGAGCUACCGGAUUGCUUUUUCAGUGCACCUUUGGGAUAUUUCCAUCUGGCUCGUUCCCGAGAGUGACGCGCUGCGGUUCCGAUCAUGGGAGACGCUCAGUCUGCGCCUCGGGAGGGCAAGGAGGAUGCAGCGGCUGAGGGGGAGAGCGAAAAAGUGGAUGAUGCUCAGACUGAGCAGAAUACUGAAGACAAGCCUCUCAAAAACAAUGGGCAGGUCUCUGAGAUCAAUGGAAAAGCAGACGGCUCUAUAGCAGAAGUUAAUGGUCACUGUGAGGAUGAGAUCGAUGCAGAGGCUAUCCUUUCAACAGACGAAGAUGUUUCCGAAACAGAAAAGCCACUUAAAGAAGAAGAAACACCAUUAAACUUUGAAAUAAAUGAAAAGGAGUCACUCAAUGAAGCUGAUGCUAACGAAGAUGUACCCCUGGACAUUAUUGAAAUGGAUGCAAAGCAAAAUGAUAUCAAUAAAAGUUUUAGGAGAUUUUUCAGAAACAUUGGUUUGAACAUGACAGUAAAGAGGGGCUCAGGUGAAAUAGAAACAGAUGUGCCUGAUGAGACCAACAAAGAAGGACCAAACAAAGCAGAAGAUGUUGAGGAUACCACAAAAGAAAGAACAAGUGAUAAUGCUGAACAGAAGACUGAUGUGAACAUUGGACAGGAGACUUAUGAUAAUGAUUCAACAACAUGUCCUACCCUGACAGACGUUACAUCGGACAUUCUAGAAAAUGCAGGGAGAAAACAGAAGAAACCAAAGACGAAGUUGAAUCUGAUAAUGUAGCUGCAGCAAUGACUUCACUUGUAGGAGAACAUGCACAACAGGAUACCACACCUAAAGAAGAGUCAAAUUCCACAACUCCAUAUAGCCGGGAAGAAGAAGUGGUUGUAUCUCCAAUUAAAAGAUUUUUUACAACUGGAAUAUUUUCUGGCCUACGGAAGAAAAAGAAGCCUGCAGAAGAUGAGACAACUGACAAAGAACCGGAAGACAAGGGAGGAAAGGAGGUCGAAGAGACCAGAGAACAAACUGUACAAGAUAAACAACAGGAUUUAGAGGAGAUAAGUCUAGGUGUUGAGGCAGCAGCAAUUGAGGCAGAACACAAAGAAAAUAUACUUAAAGGGGAGAUCCUGUCCAUAGAUCCAUCAACCAUCAUUGUUACUGAGCCUGAAAUUCUGAGUUCUCAAGAAAAGGCCAAGGUUCAAGCAAGUCCUCUUAAAAGGCUGCUGUCAGGGUCUAGUUUAAAGAAACUAUCCAAAAACCAAAGAGGCAGGAAAUCAAGUGAUGCAAAGCUGUCUGACUCUGGAGGACAUGUUUUAGAUCAGCUCCUAUCAUCUACUGGGUCAGCUGAGAAUCACAAAGAAGAAGGUUGUGCACAACACUCUGCAGAGGCAGUAGAAGAGGAGGAUGGUGCAUGGGCUUCCUUCAAAAAACUUAUGACUCCAAAAAAGCGUAUAAAGAGAUCCUCUUUAAGUAAUGAAGAUACACAAAUCCCAGGUUCAGUAGAAGAAACAAAACCAAGUGAAGGAGGGCAAAUAUCAGACCUCAGCACAGAAGAAGGCAAAAAACGAAAAGACUCGUCUGUUUCAUGGGAAUCUGUUUUGUGUAGAUCCGGCAGGAGAAGAAGCCGAAAAACUUCAGACUCUGAGGACGAACCACUUCAAAUUGAUAAACAAGAUGGUGGAUCUAAACAUGGUACAGAAUUGGGCCUAGGAAGUUCUAAUGAGGUCAAUGAAAUGUUAGCCUAUUCCCCCAAAGAAGCAGAAAGUCCUUCAGAGGGUGAUGGAGGGUCAACAUGGAAAUCAUUGAAAAGACUUGUCACCCCAAAAAAGAAAGCCAUGAAUGAGGAUGAAAGCAAAAAUCAUGUACAAUCUGAUAGUGAAGUUACUCAAGAUGAGUACUCGUUUUCAAUAAAGAAACUCCUACCAAAACGAAAAAAGAGGAAGUCUGCCGAAAAGCAAGACCAAGUAUCUUCAGAUGAAGCUGAUAAGGACGUAGCUUCAGGUGAUGAAGACUCUGAGACACCAGCUGUGAUUCCAUUGUCUGAGUUUGAUACAGUAGAGACUGAGGUUCACAUACAAACACAUGCAGACAUAGAAAGUCAUAUCCCCAAGGAAGGAGACCAUGAACUCCAGCAAGACCUUCUAUAUCAGAUGGCUGAACCAAUCCUACCAUGUGACAACCUGCAAACUGAAGUAAAGAAAGUCCAAGACAAUGCUGUUACUUUAGAAAAUCAGGCAUCUAAAACCCCGGCUACAAAUGAAGAACCUGUUGAUUUUACAGAAUCAAUCAGUAAACAACAACUCAGUGACAUCCCAGAGGAGGCCACUCCAGCUUCAGCCACUGAGGAGGCAGCUAGAGAUGACACUAUAGCAGAGGACCUGAUAGAGAUCACAUCUGAGGCCAUUACUGCACCAGAGCCAUUAGACAUUACCCUGGCAGAUGAAACGGAGAUGAUCUCUGCAGUUUCCCAGUUAACUUCAGAGUCCUCAAAAACAUCUGGCAAUACAACACCAGUACCAGCAGAAUAUGACUUUAAGGAAACAGAUGUGCUCCUGUAUCAGGUUGUUAAAACAAUUUCCAUAAGCCCAAACACAGUUGCAGUUUGCUCAAAUGAGCUAAAAUCCGAAAGAAUAGCGGUUUCUGUUUCAAAUCAAAUACUUGAAACAUUUGAAAAAGAACAGCCAACAAUCCUGGAAAUACACCGAAGAUUAGAUGCAACUGCCAUUAACACGGGUCUAAAUGUUGAAGAACUGGACGCAAUUAAUGAACUUGCAGCUACCACUGAAACAGAGUGCCUAUUUGAAGUCAAUGACUCUUAUUCCACUGAGAUUGUAUCUGAAGUUCCUACUGAAGAGUUUCACACUGCUGAAAUUGCUGUAGAUGAAGUACAUGAGGUCAACAAUACACAUCAAGAAGACAGCCUAAAAGAACUAGAAAGUAUUGAUGAGAGCCAUCAUCUGGUUGAAUGCCCAUCUGAGAUAAAUGCAGUCCAAACUAUGACAGAAAAGGAAGAUCAGAUCAUGCACAAUAUCCCAGAUCAAAUUCAAAUUAAGGAUAAAGAUCAAGCAAUAAUAUUGGAGGACAUCCCAGCAGCCGAAACAUUUACAUAUGAACUCAAAGAAGAAACAAUGCCUCUAACUGAAGUCAACAUGGAGCCAGAAAAGGAAGAGGAAAUAGUAAUAGAUGCCAAAACUGGAAAUGUUAACGUACCAGAAGCAUUUGACACUGUCCAAGCCUCCACAUUAGGGGAGGGUAGUGUUCAGUCAGGAGAGGAGGAAGUAAAAUCAGAGGACAUUCCACCAACAGAAACAGUUACAGAAAAACCCAAACAGACAGAGGACCAUCUCACUCAAGUCAAUGUUGAGCCAGAAAACAAAGAACUAAAAGCAAAUGCUGUCAAAACUGAACAUGUUCAAGAACCCGAAACUGUUCAAGCAGACACAUUUGCUUCAGAGGGGAGCAGUGUUCAAUCACUUGAAAAAGAGAUAACAGAGGACGUUCCGGAAGCAGAAACAGUUACAGAUGAACCUGAAGAGGAAACAUUACUUCUCACUAAAGAGACACUUGAGCCAGAGGAUAAUGCCAAAACUGAACAUGUUCAAGAACCAGAGGUAAUUCAAGCUAUACAAGUAGCCACAUUAGAUUCAGAGGCGGGUAGCUGUCUAUCACUUGAAAAAGAAGUAAUACCAGAGAAUAUCCCAGCAGUGGAAAUAGUUCAAGAUGAACCCAAACAGGAAACAGAAGUAAUGGCUAAGCCAGAAGAAAUACUACCAAUGGAAGCUGCAAAAACUGAACAUGUUCAAGUACCAGAAGGGGUCAGUGGUCAGUCAAUUGAA